CAGGGAUGCGACUCUUCGCAUUGGUCGAUAAACUAUCCUGGUUACCAACCAACACAACAGCGGACACAUGAGAAAACGCAAAAAAGGAGAGAAAAAAAAAAGAAAGGGUACUUGAAAACUAAUGCCUGAAAAUGUGGCGGCAUGCAACAACAUGAGGGGAGAGUACAGCACAGAUUUCACAUCCACAUUUGAAUGACCUGCCCUCUUCAAAUGAUGGGAUAGUACCAACGGAACACAAUCUGCAACACAAUGGAUGACAAGGAGAGUAAGGCGUGCCAAGGGGAGAAGCUCGCCUCUGCUGUGGAUGACACUCUGGAUGAAUAUUUAAUCGCCCUCCAGCACAAAAACAGGAUCUUAAAGCGUCUCAGAGUGAAAAGCCCCAAAGAAAUUGAGUUGGAGCGACUUGAGCAAGGUUUUUCUAUCUAUCUUAACGGAGCCAAUGCUGAAUCCAGUAGGAAGGAUCUCAAGGGGCCCAACAAUAAGUCAAGUUUUUCUCUGCCUACCUGGAAGCCAGCACGUACAGACGUAGUCUGCCGUUUGUGCUCAUGCUCCUCUCAGUGCUGUGACUCAUCCACAGAUGUCUGUAGAAGCGCCCACCAGCUAACUCAAGACAGCCAUAAUCUGGAUAAGACUACCGGGAAGAGGAGCCAAACCGCACCAGAAAAAGUCCAGAGGAAGGAAUGGGUGCAGGAUUCUGUUAAAAUUCGAACUGAGAAUGGACCAAGUGUGCAGAUAUUCCCUGAAACGCGCUACUCUGAAGAUUUUGAGCCCUAUGAAAGCAUAGACAUGGAGAGAUCCAGUCCGCGCUCGCCGCUUAGUCCGCGCUGCCAAAGAGACGCCUGCAAGGUUUCACACUCCUUCAGCUCCAGGCCUGAGAGCCAGGGUGGCCAAGCCAACCAGGAGCACAGCGAAAAGGUGUUGCUCAACCUGGAGGAAGUGAAGGUUCUGCGACGGAGCCUGGAGGUUAGCAUGCGACGGACCAGCAGUGGCUCAGCGGGGGAGGAGUCGGACGAAGAGUGGGUGGAGGAGCAGAUCGAAAGGGAUGAGAGCACAGAGAGUCUGGAUGAACUGGGGCUGCCCCUCUCCUCAUCCAAGUCCUCCUCCAAUUCUUUGCCAAGCGGGACUCAUCGACAUUUCGACUCAACAAACCUCAUUGUCUUGGACUUUGGACCCUCCCCUAAAGGUCGCAAGAUUGAACGCUCUCUCUCUGCCAAAAGGAAAGAAAGCAUUGAUACCUUUAUUCCAACCAAGCCGAUGUUGGUGAAGAGCAAAACAUUAGACAGGCCGCCUUCAAAAGAGAGCUGGGAUUGUCAAAGGCCACGGAGUCGAGUGGAGAGGCCUCUGUCAGCAGCCAGGAAGACUUCUUUUGAGGAGCGAGACUCAGAGGAUGUUGCAUACAGGGUGCGACAGGCAAUACAGAGAGAGAACACGCCCGUCCAGCAUGCUGAGCUCUUUGGUCGCAACACGCACCACAGCGCCCAUGACAAGGAUGAGAGUCAUGUCUCUCUGGCCAUGCAGAAAAUAACGCUCAUGGGCCCAAGGCAGCAACAGAAACUGCUAAAAGCCUUGGAGAAACUCGAUGCUGGACCGAGUCACUACAGUCCUCAGAGUGUCCGAACAGACUGCAGCAGGCAGCCGAGGCGGCAGUCAUCAACAGAAGUCACCCCAGCGUUGUAUGUUACUAUGGAGAUCCUGUCAAACUGGGGGAACACGCUGCUGGUUGGGCUGACUGAGUUGCAGUUCUUCUGCCUCAAUAACAAGAAGUUGUAUGUGUCGCCCCAUGACCUGGACAUCAGAAAUGCUGACUAUCCGGGGAAUCUCGGGGCGCUGGUCAAUGGAAAGGUGAAGACCACAAAAGAGCGCAACAUGUGGACGUGUCCCUUUCACCCCCCCAUCCAGCUUUACUUCAUUAUCAGGAACACAGAGCGCUCCCCAGAUUUUGGAAUAUCCUGUAUCAAAAUCUGGAACUAUAACAGAAGUCUUAAUGAGCUUGACGUUGGUGCGCGCCACAUAAAGUUGUAUCUUAACAGCACGUUGGUGUUUGAGGGGGAGCUGGAGAAGGGCUGCGGAAACCAAGUCUUUGAUUACAGCACCACGGUUGAUCUCCAGGAUUUCCAGGUCUCAGACUCGCUGUUCUCCAGCCCUGUGUCUUCAAGACACAAUCUUCAAAGUGCAAGCGCCCAUCACUAUGAGGACAGGACGGUGGGAGAGGGCAGCUCUACUCAGAGAUACCAGAGUUUGAAUCCAUUUUCAGACGUAGCCGGCAAGACUAUGGUAGACAUGCAGGAGAAAUCGCAUGCGACGCUACCACCCAUCGCCUCUUCAGCCGGUGGUUCAUGCUCCACUCAUCACCAAUCCCUACAGAGAAACUCUUUUGACCUGUCUGCCUCAGAAGAGCCUCUCUCCCCCAGAGAGCAAGCGGAGCAGCCAGCACCCAUGGAGCAGACGGUCACCACCCAGCCAUCCUCUCGGGUUGCCCCUCAGUGGCUGCAGCCCCUGAACAGAGGUGCUCCUGAGGGCUGCGAGACCAGCAAGGAGAGGCCACGCUGGCUGAUUCCUCAGCAGUCAGCAGAGCUUAAAGCAUCUCCAGCCUCAUCCUCCAUGCUCCCCGAGCUGCCCUGUAACCCAGGCCGGGUGUGCAGGGGGGGGGAUAGGACCAUGAACGGAGGACAAUGGAAGGCUGACUCCUUGGACCUGAGCUGUGACUUGCUGGAAGAGCUUGGAGAGCAAAAGCCAGACCGGCACAUCAGUGGAAGAAGGAGCUCGUUCAGAAACUCCUCAGCCUCUGUUCGGCAAAGAGAGGAGCAACACCACAGAGCUACAUCAGCCACCAACUCUGAGGAGCCCUUGUCUUUGGUGAGCACCAGCAGGAGGCAGAGCAGCUCUCGGGCCCAGCUGCACAGUCACCAGGAUGACACCCUCAUGGAGUCAUGGGACUCUCUCACCAAGUUCAACCAGUGUCAGCGCGGGCGCAUUUCCAACAUGGGCUUCGAAGGUGACAUAUUUGACGAGUUCCUGCAGCGUCAGGGACGGGGCCCCCCCACAGUGCCUGUCACCCCCACUGCUGCAUCCAGGAGUCCACUGUCUCCACUAACCAGUCAGGGGCCGCAGUGUGAGGGCCCCGAUGAUGAUCCAUCAUUGGAGCGGGAGGAUGAUUUUGAAAUCCCGGUGCUGCCACAGGGCCAGAGGUUGGUAAUGAAUAUUCUGUCCACCUGGGGGGAUCGCCACUACGUGGGCCUCAAUGGCCUUGAGGUGUUCAGCUCCAGCGGAGAGCCCCUUCGACCCGCCCACAUCCGCGCUGAGCCGCCGGACAUCAACAUCCUCCCAGCGUACGGCAAGGACCCGCGGGUCAUCUCCAACCUUAUAGAUGGCAUCAACCGCACUCAGGAUGACAUGCAUCUCUGGCUGGCGCCUUUCACGCCUGGUCGCAGCCACACCAUCUUCCUGGACUUCGGAGCGCCAUACCAGGUGGCUAUGAUCCGGGUCUGGAACUACAACAAGUCGCGCAUCCACUCAUUCCGUGGCGUGAAAGAGGUGGAGAUGUUGCUGGAUGGAAGGUGCAUCUUCCGUGGAGAAAUUGCCAAAGCCUCUGGCACGCUUUCUGGAGGAUUGGAGCAGUUCGGAGACACCAUCCUGUUUACUACUGAUGAUGAAAUCCUGGAGGCCAUGUCGCGUUAUGAUGAAACCUUCUUUGGUGAAGGCGAGGGUCCGGAGAACUCAGCGUAUGAGGAAGAACUGCAGAGACCACGCACAGCAGAUGGAGAGGGUGAAGAAAGACCUUUCACACAGGCCGGAUUCAGAGAGGAAGACCUCGCUCUGAAGCUUCAACUCAGUCCCACUGUGAGCCAGUCUGAGGAGAGUUUGGAACACAUUCCUGGGAUGUACACUGGAAAGUGCCUUCGACUGGAGCUGAUGACAACUUGGGGUGACCCCCACUAUAUGGGCCUGACGGGACUGGAGGUUGUGGGGAAAGAUGGUGAGGGUUUACCUUUAGAUCUCAGCAUGUUGGCUGCCUCACCAAGGGACCUCAACGACCUCCCUGACUGCGGAUAUGACUUGCGCACCCUUGACAAACUCGUGGACGGCCACAACAUCACCACUGAUGACCAGCACAUGUGGCUGAUCCCCUUUUCCUAUGGAGAGGCUCACAUAUUAAACAUUACCUUCAGCAAUGCCCAAACAGUCGCUGGUCUCCGUAUCUGGAACUACAACAAGUCACCUGAGGACUCAUACAGAGGGGUGAAAGUCUUACACUUGUUCAUGGAUGAUGUGGCCAUCUCGCCAGCCGAGGGAUUUCUGAUCAGGAAAGGCCCGGGGAACUGUCACUUUGACUUUGCCCAGGAGAUCCUCUUCCUUGACUUUCUUCAGACUCCCACUGAGAACAAGCUCAAAGAAGAAUCCUACAGAGCAAACUCUAUGAAACGAGAACAGGCCAGCAUGGACUAUGAAGCUCCCAUCAUGCCUUGUGGGUUCAUCUUUCAGCUGCAGCUCUUAACAACCUGGGGAGACCCGUACUACAUUGGUCUGAACGGACUGGAGUUUUACAACCAGAACCACGACAAGAUCAGUCUCAGUGACAACAACAUAGCAGCUUUUCCAGACAGCGUGAACGUGCUGGACAGUGUCAGCGGUGAUGUGAGGACUCCGGAUAAACUAACAGACGGCGUGAACGACACCCACGACGGCAGACACAUGUGGCUGGCUCCGGUGCUGCCUGGGCUGGUAAACCGUGUGUAUGUCAUCUUCGACCAGCCGGUCACAGUGAGCAUGAUCAAGCUGUGGAACUACUCGAAGACACCUCAGAGGGGCGUGAAAGAGUUCGGGCUGCUGGUGGACGACCUCCUGGUGUACAACGGCAUCUUGGACUGCGUCAGCCACUUGUCUCGAGGCAUUCUGCCCACGUGUGACCCGGCGGUACCCUACCACACCAUCCUGUUCACCGACGACGUCUACGUCACACAGCGGGAGAGGAACACCGUCAUCAGCCCUCGUGGCAGCAGACCUCUCCAACAUAACCACGUGGAGGAUCAGGAUGUGAAGAUGACCAACGAGAAUCAGAUAGUUCAUCACAACAAAAAGAAGCAGACAGCAGAUCCAGCUCUACGGCCUAAAACCUGCAUGACUGAUGGUGGGAAGCACGGCAAGAGGAGGUACUAGCUGUUUUGAAUUUUAAUACUGGAAGAGGUGCACUGAAAAGGGGGGACCUUUGGCUGGCCGUUAGACUCCUGUUUUUGGGGGGGGGGACUGUGGAAAACAUUUACCUCAAGUCUCAAAGCCUCCUCCUACUAUGAUGUGAAGUCAUCAUGAAGAAGAGCUAGCUAGAUCACUGGGGUUUGUACACACACAAAGGCAUACAGGAUUGCGCUUUGUGGUCCGACCACUCUCCUGUCCUAUGCCCCCCCCCAGCUUGACCCCUAACCCACAGUGCCAGGAGAGGCUGCCUUUUGUCGGCUCUUUUAUUGUGCCUAGUACAGAAACUUCACCCUCUGUGACUGCUGCUUGUUACUUUUUGUGCUGCAUAUUCUACUGCUGUUUUUGGUAUGUAAAUAAUCCUCAAACACUUACCCCAAAAAAGACCAAAAAAAAGCAAACUCCAAGGCCAGAUGAAAACAACCACAUCAGGAUGUGGCUAAUUGUGCACUGAUUAGCUAAUGGCCAAAUGGAUACAAAAAUGCCAAUGCAUCGAGUUAAUCUAAAUGCUAUGCAGCCACUGAUUUAUAUCUCUUAAUAAUUUAUACCUAUGUAUGCUAAUGUGUUUCCAAACCUAAUGAUUUUACUUAGGAAACUGUUUUCGGAUGUUUUCACCUUCCUAAAAUUUAUAUCAAAGCCUAAUAUGAUCAUUUAAAAAAAAAAAAGGUGUUAAGCAAAGGUGGAGUUAAGGAAAGCUUCACUGUGUAUAUCAAACUUCUAUUUGGCUUCUUAUAAUUAAGUCAGUGAGUACAUUUGUUUGUUUCUGCUUAGCAUUGGGUAGUGAAAGCUUAUUUGCAGUCCAAGUGACCUUGACUGAAGUUGCUGCGCGCAUCAAUAAAUUUUGGUGGCAAACAUUUCUUUAGCUGCUAAACAGUUCUGGUAACUUUGUAGAAAACUGCAAUUGAUUUUAGGUACAAAACAUGCAACUUCUAAUAUGCAAAUACUAUGAAAAUUACCUCAAUUUGAGAAGUAUGCGAUCUAAAAAGGGAUUUCUAUGGUUUCACCACCACUAUGAUAUUUAGUAGUCAGUGUUGUACUUUUCUGUCAUCAAUAUUUACUGUAUUUACUUGUUGCAUGGAACAGUCUCCUCAGCAUUAGCUGUUAUCUUAAAAUGAUUGAUCUUUUUUGUUUUUUCUGAUUACGUUUUUGAAGCCUCUAAGUCUCGGUAUCAAUUCACACUCCCUGCUCCUGGGAGUAAUUGUAUAUGAAAUGCAGUUUUAUGUAUUUAAUUUCACUAUGUCCAACAACAACAACAGCCAUUGCAAGUCAUAUCAAUCCUGCGCUUUCAGACUGUGGCUACUGUUGAGUGUUUGACAUUUAAUGUUUUCAAAUAUUUAUUUUUCUAAUCUUUAUUAUAUGUACAUUUGAUGUAGGUUUAUUUGAAGGAAUAAAAACUUGAUAUUAUACCC